CGGGACCGGUUGUAGGAGGAUCGGUAGUACUGGUGGGUGAGUGGUCUCUUCGUUCCAGUUGGAUCCAUACACUAACGAUAGUUUCAAGCCAUCCCACAAGGCUGUUUCCGUUGUGGCCGAGACAGCCUGGAUACCUAUCCAAUAUCGAACCGAUUGGCUUCCGCACCAUUUGAAUCACGAGGACGAGUCCUCCGCCUUCUCAUUCACCAUCCAGUGUUCUGACUGUGAGCGAAUCCACUAGUAGCAUAUCAUCACGUUUCAACAUGUCCGUCGUUCCUCAACUUCGACGUAGGAUACCAUCCGCGUUCACUGCUUCGCUUUGGCUAUCGGGAAUAUAUAUAUACGUAUGUGGAUUGGUAUUGGGUGCGGUACCGGCGAUAGCCUUGGUAACAACGCCACUUCCCACGAGACCGUUUGAACUAAGGACCCGCUCCUCGGCACGUUUCCUUUCGGACAUACCUCGUGACGACGAUGCCAACUCAUUCCAACUCCCCCCUCCCCCGGAAGAUCGGAUCACGCUCACGGGUGAUCUACUCUCACUCUUUGUUUACGGCUUUACCGAUCACUUUCUCUGUCAUGACGUCGCUACCUACUUUGUCCGUCAAGCCAGCUCGGGUGGACCCGCACAGAUGCUCCGAACAGCAUCCCAGUCCGCCAUGAGUUUGCCAACACCGGUAUGGCUCGAAGUCGAUUUCCCGCACCAUCACGCGGGGGCCGUCAUGAGUCCCUUUCAAGUUGUCUGGCAAGCCGCUCUUUCCGAUCACCUUGUUUCACAGUACAGUCCGCUCCUACAGUCAACCGGCACCGCCACGGUCUUACUCGCCACCACCUGGUUGUUGGCGGGCUGGUGGCAUCGCGCUUUCGACUACCAGAACACCCUUUCCUGUCGCGUCGAUCAAGCAUUGUGGGUCACGGCACGGACCUGGAUGUCCAGCUGCGCGCUCAUGUUGACUGUUGUGAGUUUCUCGCGCAUGGUGUGUGGCUGUGAUACACCGUUCGCCUUUUUCAAAGGCGACGUGGACUACAUUUUGGAUUCCCUGACGGUCCUGUUGUCCUGGCGAUUCAUUGCCGCCAGCAUGCUGGGGAACGGCGGCGACGGACCGCCCUCCCCGUAGACGCGGCUUCCCACGGAGUCCACUCCGUGCGCUUGCGCACAAAUUUACGCUUUCACUCACCGUUUUCGAAAAUCGCAGCCAACGCACGCGUACCCUCGCGUCUCCCCCGUCCACAGUUUCACCAGCGAGAGAAUACGCACAUUCCUACACUUGUACAAGCUUUCAUUGUUUGCAAAUACAGCGUCUGCACGGACGCCGAAGACUCGCUCGCUGGAUAUGGUGGCAACGUCCAACCAACACACGUACACUGACACACACAUGCACAGCAUGAUGACUAGGACUUGCCCCAUUCCCUGAACAAUGCCCAAACGUAACACUAACUUAUACGAACCGAAUCAUAUGU